AUGAAUACAGCUAAGGUCACUUAUUUUUUGAAAAAGACAGCGAAAACCUUGGGCUGGAAGAUCGCGCCACGGGCCCACGGAAUGCGGUUGGGAUACGUUCUCAACUCUUCGAUCGGAGGAAUCGCGGACGACGAGAUCAUCAACUCCUGCCGUUGGAGAGACGACCAAAUGCUGAGAUAUUACAGAAAUCACCACUUAGAAGCGACGAAGCAUGGAUCGGCCUUCAAAAUAUACCAACAAAACGAGAAACUGAGACUGGGAGACAUCGAGGCUAAGAAAGCUUGGUGCGAAAGAUCGACACAAACACCGGAUUGGGAACCCCCUAAGAUGGUCCAAACUAAACUGAGAACAAUCAAGAAAAUGGCGGAUGGACAGACUCAGACGGAAGAAAUUACAUCCGAAAAUCAGGAGGAAACUUCUAUCUUCGAAAAAUUUCUGAGAGACUCUCGACACUAA